AUGGCGACAAAUAUAGGGAUUAUGGAUAGUGCAUACUUUGUCGGUAGGAAUGAGAUUCUUUCUUGGAUUAAUGCCAGGCUUCAGCUCAAUCUUUCUCGCAUUGAGGAGGCUGCAUCUGGGGCUGUACAGUGCCAGAUGAUGGACAUGACUUAUCCAGGUGUUGUUCCAAUGCACAAGGUGAAUUUCGAUGCAAGGACUGAAUAUGAUAUGAUUCAAAACUAUAAGGUGCUCCAGGAUGUUUUCAAUAAACUGAAAAUUGAGAAGCAUAUUGAAGUUAACAGACUUGUUAAGGGCAGAACUUUGGAUAACCUUGAGUUUCUUCAAUGGCUUAAACGCUACUGUGAUUCCAUAAACGGGGGCAUCAUGAAUGAAAAUUAUAAUCCUGUGGAGCGCAGAUGUAAAGGUGGAAGGGAAAAAUGUCUCAAGCCUCUGAGAAGCUCAAAGUCUCUGCAAACAAAUAACUCUCACAACCAUGGUGCUGGGGAUGGCUUAAGCAUCAACAAAGUAUCUGGUUAUCUUAAUGAAGGGAACAAGCCAGGGAAACCAUACCAAGUAUCUAGUGGGACAAAUUCCUCUGAGAUUCAGGCAUUAACGAAGGAGAUUACAGAUCUGAAGCUCUCUGUCGACCUUCUGGAAAAGGAAAGAGAUUUCUACUUCGGGAAGUUACGAGACAUUGAGAUACUCUGUCAGACCCCGGAAUUGGACAAUCACCCGAUGGCUGUGGCAGUUAAGAGGAUUUUAUACGCUGCAGACGAGAAGGAACCUGCACUUGAAGAAGCGCAAGAGAUAAUUUCUCAGUCCAUUAAUGAUGAUGUUCAAGCUGAUGCCAAUGAGGAUCAUGAUGCCGAAAACUGA